GAGCUGUGAAAGAUAUUCAAUGGAAUAAUAACCUUAAUAAUAUACUUUCUGGUGGAUAUGAUAAAACUGCAAAGAUAUUUGAUAUUGAAACUGGAGUUACUAUACAGACGUUUCCUCAUCCACAAGUUGUUACUGCCCUUCGCUAUCACCCUACACAACCAAAUAUUUUCGUAUCAGGAAUGUUACAAGAUGGAAUACGAUCAUGGGAUUUGCGUACAAAUAAAGUCAUAAAGGAAUCUAGAAAAUUUUUUGGUAGUGUUAAUGACAUUGAAUUUUUCCCUAAUGGGGAUAACAUUCUUACUUGUUCCGAUUAUGUG